AUGCAACAUUUGGAGGAUUACCUUGAAAUGAUCGAGCAUCUACCCCAGGAGCUUCAGGAUGGGUUCACGGAAAUGCGUGAGAUGGAUUUGACCGUCCAAAAUAACACUGAUUCCCUGGAUAAACGGGCCCGUUCACUGUUUCAACAGUGUUACGAAGGGAAACUACCAACUGCAGCGGCGGAUGCAGAGUUCAACGCAAUUCGAGGCGGCUACAACCGCGUGCUGGACGAUUCUGAUGAAAAAAUACAACUGGCAGGGCAGAUGUACGAUGUGGUUGAACGAUAUAUGCGCCGUCUCGACACCGAGCUGUACAAAUUCAAGUGUGAGCUGGAAGCGGAUCACAAUGGCAUCACAGAAAUACUAGAACAACGUUCGUUAGAGGUCGACAGCAACGCUUUGUCGAACGGUGGCACGAACCAGAAGGAAAACCCCUUCUAUGACGUCCAUCAUUCGUACUCCGGAACAUCUUCCGGGCGCUCGGAUAGUCGCUACAAGUCGGAGUCGGUAAAGCGCCGUGAGAGCGUGGCCGUCACUGCUGCCGAAAAGCGUGCCGCUGCUGCAUCCGGAGCUAGCGCAUCGAAUGUUGCUCCGAUCAUGAAUGUGCACAUUCGUCCGACAACCCCGGACACGGCGGUACCUGCCAGUAUUGUGUCGGGCACGAUCGUCGUCCCUCCUGCUGUGAAUGUUGGUGCGCACGCUUCGUCUUCCACAUCGAACAUAUCCUAUAAUUUGCCAAAUUUUUCUCCGGCAGGAAAUGCUAUUGCUGCCGCUGCAAGCCAGGCGAUUGCGCAAACGCAACAAAUGCAGCAGGGUCGUCAAACGGGCAGUCUGAAGGCAUCGUACGAAGUGAUUGGCGCAAAGGGAUCGCAAGAGCUGCUGGUCAAUAGUGAGCUGGCGGGGGCCACACACAACGGCAUGCAGGGAGUCGAGCGAGAGUCGAGCGUUUUCUCGAACCAGCGACGUACGAAAAAGAAAGAUCUUACGAGCACGCCAAACUCUGCAAACUCUGCGGCGGGUGGUGUGCAGGGCACAACUACCACGACCUUGCUUUCUAGCAAUUCGAUCGUAACACCGAUACUCACCACUCUGUCGAAUCAAACGCCGUUUGCAAUUCUAGGCCAGCAAACAACCACGUUGCAGCAACAACAACAGCAACAGCAGCAGGUUGGAACGGUCCAAGUAACACAAUCGCUUGUGCAGCCACAACAGCAGCAGAAGGGAUCAACCCUGGAACCGUACAUAAUGGGCACCAAUUGGCCAAUCGCGGUGCAGCAGCAAAUAAAUCUGCACCAUUCAAACACGCAAGUUCCUUUACAACACCUGCAGCCAGUAUCGCAGCAACCGAUGUUGCAACAGCUCGCGGUCCGACAGCAGCAGCCGGCGGCGAUGAAACAGGAGCUGCUUCCUCAGCAAAUUCAGCAGCUCGACAACAUCGAGAAUGUGCAGCAGAAGCACAUUCUCUUACCAACGACACCGCAGCAGGCGCAGCAACGACUAACGCACCCACAGCAGCUGCAGCAACUAUUCCAGCAGUCGCUGCAAUCACUGCAGUCAUUGACACCGCAGCAACCGGUUCCGGCAACAUCGCAGCAGUCGGGUCAGCAGCAGCAGCUGCCUAUGCAGACACUCGCGCAUCCGCAGCUCAUGCAGGCGCAAGACGGGUCCCAUUCGUUGCCAUUGGCGCCGGUGCCGGUGCAGCCCACGUUGAAAACGCGCUCAGGAUGGAAAACUAUCACGAAGCCUACAUUGCGCCGCUAUAUCCCUGGGCAAACUCCGCACAACUUACAACGGCAGGUGGUCCAUCUGCAGUCACAGCAGCAAACACAAUUCCAGCAAAUACAGCAACAGCAGCAGCACCAUCAUUUGCAGAUGGUACAGCAGCAUCUGCAGCAAACGCAGCUGAUAGGGCAGCAUCAGUUGCAGAUAACUCAACAGCAGCAGACUCCGCCACAACAACAGCAGCAACAGCAUCACCAUCAGCUGCUCGAUCUGCAGCAACAAAAGGAUUCGCAACUGCAGCAAGCGAUCCAACAACAGCAGCAGCAGACCCAGCAGCAGUCACAGCUUCAAGUCCACCAUCUGAUACAACAGCAGCAACAGCAGUUGACUCAAAAUCAGCUGUCGCAAAAGCAACAGAAGGUGGUAGAACAGCUGCAGGCGCAACCGCAACAGCAGUUCCUUGCAGGUCCCGCUGGAUCGUCGGCUUCCGGUGUUCUUGCGAAUACGGCAUCGGCGAUGGCACUGCUGCCCUCCUCCACUGCAACCGCAGUGUCAACAUCGUCGGUCAGCUCGUUGGACGGCAAUCGGGGUGAAGCCACCAAAGGCGACAGCAUCAGCGGCGCCGGUAGCACCACCCUGACUGCCUCCAGCGGCUCCAGCACCUUCGGCUCGGUCGUCCUGAAAGAGUCUGGGAUGGUGGUCCAACAAACGGCCGAAGGUGAGUGGUCUUACGAUCCAAACGAACCUCGUUACUGCAUUUGCAAUCAAGUUUCCUACGGCGACAUGGUGGCCUGUGACAACGAAGACUGCCCAUUCGAGUGGUUCCACUAUCCGUGCGUUAAUAUAACGUCCUCCCCCAAGGGCAAGUGGUACUGUCCGCAAUGUAGCAGCUCGAUGAAAAGACGGGCUUUCCGCAAGAACUAACGGUAUUCACUGGUCUCUCGUGUAUCGUCGAUAUUCGGGCCAAGCGUCAUCUGCAGCUUUGUUUAUGUUUUGCAAUUUGGUGUCGUUAUUCGCAUAGCAUCGUAGAUGGCGAUCCAACUGAGAGCAAUCUCGAUGUAAUGCGAAUAACGAUAAAGACGAAAAACUGAUCCAU